AUGGCAAGCGCCGCAAAGGAACUAGGCGAGGGCAUCACAACCACUGAUCCCACAAUGGCCGACACCGUCGAAACCCCCCGCAGCGGCGUCUUCCACAAGCUGUCCAACUCGGCCGGCAGCACGGAUGCCCCGCGCUUCUGGCGCUCCAAGAAAGACUCGUCGCAGGAGUUUAGCCUCCAGGAGCGCGAUACCCUCAGCAGCGACGAGCGGAAUCCUGAUGUCGAGAAUGGCACGUCGACCGAGUACCGCACGUAUAAGCGGCGGUGGUUUGGCCUCAUCCAGCUCACGCUCAUGAACAUUAUGGUGUCCUGGGGGUGGCUCACCUACGCUCCCGUCGUCGACAACUCUGCCGCCUACUACAACGUCAGCUCCUCGGCAAUCAACUGGCUCAGCACCGCCUUCUUCCUCUCCUUUGUAGCCAUCUUCCCCCUGUCCAUCUGGAUCGUCAACCGCGGGUUCAAGUACGGCUUCAUGUCCGCUGCCGUGCUGCUCAUCGUCGGUAACUGGAUCCGUUACGCCGGCUCGACCAACAAGUCGGGUGGCAUCUACGCUUGCGCAAUGGUUGGCGAGAUCUUGAUCGGCUUCGCCCAGCCAUUUGUGCUUGCCACACCCGCCAAGUACUCCGAUCUUUGGUUCACUCAUCGUGGGCGUGUGGCUGCGACUGCUCUAGCCAGUUUAGCAAAUCCGUUGGGUGCAGCCCUUGGACAGCUGAUUAACCCUCUGUGGGUGAACUCGUCUCGCGACGUUUCUCAGAUGGUGCUCUACGUCGCAAUCAUUUCCACUGCCUGCUCAAUUACCGCCUUCUUCAUCCCCGCCAAACCACCCACCCCUGUAGGAGCCUCCUCGGAAACGCCCAAGAUGCCUCUCUUCCCAGCCAUCCGAACAGCCAUCCGCUCUCUCGAACUCUGGCUCGUCUUUGGCACCUUUUCCGUCUACGUCGGCCUCUUCAACGCCGUGUCCAGUCUCCUCAACCAGAUCCUCGUCCCAUACGGCUUCACCGACGACCAAGCAGGCAUUGGCGGCGCAGUCCUCAUCGUCGUCGGCCUCGUUACCGCGGCCAUCACGUCCCCCAUCCUCGACCGCACCAAGCACUUCCUGCUCUCGAUCAAGAUUAUCAUUCCAAUCGUGGCCGUGUGCUUCAUCGUCUUCGUCUGGAUGCCCGAGACUCGCGGCCUCGCCGGCCCGUACGUCAUCCUCGCCAUCAUCGGCGCAGGGUGCUUCGCCCUGGUGCCCAUCGCCGUCGAGUUUCUCGCCGAUCUGAGCCACCCCAUCAGCCCGGAAGUCACGUCCACCGCCGCUUGGGCCGGUGGCCAGUUCUUCGGCGCCAUUUUCGUGAUUGUCAGCGACCCGCUCGUGGCCGGAGCCGACGGCAACCCUCCCAAGAACAUGAAGAAGUUUCUCAUCUUCCAGGCUGUCCUCGCCGUGGCUGCGGCACCCCUGGUUCUCGUCUUGGGCUGGUUUGGGCGCAAAGAUAAAGUGGCUUUACGGAGACUGCACCCCAAUCAGGGGGAAUCAUGA